AUGGCUCAACGAUUAACGUAUCGUCGUCGUUUAUCAUAUAACACCAGAUCAAAUCGGGUUAAAGUUAUUAAGACACCCGGAGGUAAAUUGACAUAUCAAUAUGUAAAAAAACGUGGCACAGUGCCAAAGUGCGGUGAUUGCAAAAUUGAAUUACCAGGCAUUAAAGCAUCUCGUCCAAAACAACGUAUGACUAUGACUAAACGAUUGAAGACAGUAUCACGUAGUUAUGGAGGCUCGCGAUGUGCCAAAUGUGUUCGCCUUCGUAUCGUUCGAGCUUUUCUCAUAGAAGAACAACGCAUUGUUGCUAUGGUCAUGAAAUCGAAGAAAGCAGUCGGCCCAGCAGAAACAGCAGCACAACCACAAACCUCCAGUCAAAAAUCGAAAUAA